GGCCUGCGGGAGGCCCGCUCGCCGCCGCGCCGGCCCCGCCCGCACCCAGGUCGCGCGGCGACCCGCCCUCCGCGGCGACCCCGGCCCCGCGCUCCCGCCGCCGCGGCCCCGGCCUGAGCUGACCGGAGGCAGUUCCGGAGGCGGCGGCUGACGGCCCGCGGCCCCGAUCGCGCCAUCCCGGCGGCGGCCCGCGCAGCCUGCGCCGCGGAGGAGCCGAGACAGGUACGCGCCGCGCCCGGCCCGGCCCCGCGCAGGCCGCGGAUCCAGCCCGCCUCCCGUGCGGGCGCCGGCCCGGCGAGGCCCGCGGUAGAGGAGCCGGAGCCCGGGAUCCCGAGGCCUGACCACCUGCCCGCCGGGCCGCGGGGCGUCACCUCCGGCUGGAUCCGUCCGCCCCGCCUUCCCUCCGGGCUGAACCCCACCUGUCCCCGCACCCUGUCCGGGUGCACCCACUCCCAGCACCCCAGGACCUCCGGUGCCGGGCCACCCAAACCAGGCCCUUCCCCACCCGUCCGGGUGCGACCUCCGCCAACAUGGUGCAGCCCCAGACGUCCAAGGCCGAGCCCCCCGCCCCCGCCGCCGCCGGCGCCCGGGUGGACGACGUCAUCGACACCCUGGCCUCGCUGCGCCUCACCAACUCGGCGCUGCGGCGCGAGGCGUCCACGCUGCGCGCCGAGAAGGCCAGCCUCACGCACAUGCUGGAGGGCGUGAUGGCCGAGCUGGCCCUGCUGCGCGCCCGCGCCCGCGUCCCCGGGGCGCUGCAGAUCACCCCGCCCGUGUCCGCCAUGGCCUCCGGCGGCGCCCGGCCGCUCACCACGCCGCCCACCUCGCUGCCCGAGCCCUUCGCGGGGGACCCGGGCCAGCUGGCCGGCUUCCUGAUGCAGAUGGACCGCUUCAUGAUCUUCCAGGCCUCGCGCUUCCCCGGCGAGGCGGAGCGCGUGGCCUUCCUGGUGUCGCGGCUGACGGGGGCGGCCGAGCGCUGGGCCGCCCCGCACAUGCAGCCCGGCAGCCCGCUGCGGAGCGACUACCAGGCCUUCCUGGCCGAGCUGCGCCGGACCUACAAGCCCCCGCUGCGCCGCGCGCGGCGCGCCCACGCCCGGAAGGCCUCCGCCUCCCAUCGCGCCGGGCGGGAGCGCCAGGUGCCGGGCCGCCAGCCGGCUGCCGCGGGACCCCCCUGCCCCGUGCACCCCGCUGCCAGCGGGACCGGCCCGGCGCCCACCCUGCCCGCCCGGGCUCGGAACCUUUAGGAGCCGCCGCCGGCCUGGUUGCAUCUGCAAACGCGCUCGGGAGCAGCGCCCUCUGCGCGCAGAGGUGUCCCCGCAGCAGAAUCGUUCUCUAGAAGCCUCCCGCCUGCCUGCCUGCCUCUCCGGACGGUCCCUCUGCACCCCGGUGGGCUCCCCGGCACCCCUCCCUUCCUCGUGGUUGUGCUAGCUGUGUCCCCGCCUCGGUGCAUGCUUCCCUCAUGCUUGCAAUGCCAGCUCCUCUGUGUCCACAGCUCAGCUCCUGUCCAGGCCUCCGCUUCCUGCUCCUGCCGCCUACCCUCCCAGCCCGCCCCACAGAUGCUCCCUCCGCCCCUGCAGCUCCCACCUGGCGGCCCAUUCUCACCGACACAGGCCUUGUGCCCAGGCUGGUGGGGACCUGGA